CACCUGAACAAAUCUGAAGUUCAGUAAUUUUCUUGCCCUAAUCCACACAAGAUUACUCCUUCUUCCACUCGGGUCAAUCACACUACAUAUAAUCAACCAACAGUCAAGAUCAGUGGGUUCAAUGUGGAGAGAGAGCUCUGACUCCGACUAGACCUUUCCCAAAAGCUUUCUUUUUCUAUCAAUGGCUGCCGCCUCUCAUAAAGGCAAGUUUUUCCUCUUCUCUUUGCUUAUAGCCUCUGAUUUUCUGCAUAUUUGUUGGGUCUAUGCGGACUCGGACUCAGACCCAUCCUCUCUGAUUGAGAAAGAGGAUAAAAAUGAAUCAAUAAUUGAUGCCUUAGAUGUGUUAAAGAGACACCAAGUACAGUUAGAGAAGCUCGAGGGGUUAGUGAAAGAUCUUAGUGAAUUAGUGGCUAGGUUAGAUUCAAGAUUAUCAGAGUACCCAGAAGUUAAAACUUCAGAUUCUGCAAAACCCAGUAUUGGGAGGUUGUCAAAAUAUGAUCUUGAAGAGAAGUAUGCUGGGAAGGGGAGGGAUAGUGAUUUGAUUUUGGAGAAAACUGGGGAGAAUGAUGGGUUGAGGAAUGGGAUCAGUGGUGGGGAUAAAGUUGGGGCAGUUUCAGUGACAAAGUACAGUCCUUUUUGGUCUGAGAGGUUCCAAUUUGUAUCUGCAGUGAGAUUGGAUUCAGAUGCUACUUGCAUCAAUGUGUUGCCAUUCCGAGAUUUCGAUGGAAUGAGCAAGUAUGUUGCGGUUGGGGAUGCCCGGGGGCAGUUGUAUGUGUUCUCGAGAAAUGGGGAUGUGCUGAUUGAGUUCAACACAUUGUUAGAUGCUCCUAUUACAGCUCUCGCGUCGUUCUUGACGCUUUACAAGAACGAGAGCGUAUUAGUCACGGGGCAUGAGAACGGUGUGAUUUUGAAGCAUAGAGUUUGGGAGGUGAUGCAGAAUGGGGAUGAGUGGCCUUUGCUUCAUAUGGAGUUUGUUGGGAAGUUUGCUUCUCCCGAAAUUGGGGAAGGUGGAUCUUCGAUUAUUAGUUUGGAAGUGCACCAUAUGGGGAGAAAUAGGUUUGUCUUGUCAACGGAUUUUAAUGGGAAUCUUAGGGUGUUUAGGGAGAAUGGAUCGGUUUAUGGAUUGGCAGUGCCUAAAAGCAGGCCUUUGGCGUUCUUGAAGCAAAGGCUCUUGUUUCUAACAGAGACUGGUGCGGGAUCGUUGGACUUGAGGACGAUGAAGAUUAGGGAAUCUGAAUGUGAAGGGUUGAACAAUUCGGUUGCUAAAAGCUAUGUGUUUGAUGCCAUUGAAUGGUCAAAAGCAUACGGCUUUACAUCCGAUGGUGACAUGAUUCACGUGCUGCUUUUAGGCGAUAUAAUGAACUUCAAGUGCAGGGUUAGGUCGAAGAAGAAGCUGGAAAUGGGCAUGACCGAGCCCCUAACGUUUCAGGCAAUUAAAGGGUAUUUGCUCAUAGCUAAUUUGGAGAAGGUUUGGGUGUACAAUGUGUCAUCUCAGCAUUACGUUAGGGCGGGAGGACCCAAACUCGUGUCCUCUGCACGCCUCGAUGAGGUCAUGAAUUCGUUCCUCAAUUACCAAUCGGUGGACUCAAAUCCCAACAAGGGAAUGCUAACUCCACUCCUAGCUAGCGACCGUGAAAAGCUCGUUAUACUCGGGACAGGAAACGGUUACAUCGGGAUGUAUCGCUCGAACCUUCCGGUUUUCAAGAAUGAAUUCAACACCAUGCUGUGGACAAGCCCUGUAUUGCUCUUCAUCCUUUUCCUAUUCGGGGCGUGGCAUUUUUUCGCCAAUAAAAAGGAAGCCCUCACGUCUUGGGGCCCCGACGAUCCUUUCGGCUCUACCUCGGUUACUGACGGAGCACCGCUCGGAUCUGGCAAGGGCGACAUAUCUUUUGCAGAUUCGUCGUCGAGGAAUGCAGACAUAAUGGACCUAAGGAACAGCAGUUUAAGAGGCGGCUCAUCAGGACGGUUUGUGUCUCAACCGCAAUAUCCGGGCGGAUCUACGACCCCGUACAGGCCAAGCGCCGCCACAGAUGCAAAUUCGAGGCCAUCUUCGGUUGAUCCAAACUUCAGAGCAGCUCCAGAACUGAAAUAUAGGGGUCCAAAUCUUGACACUGCUGGUUUUCCUAAAAGAAGGGAGAGCCUGUUUGGCAACAGUCAAGUUGUGGAUGAUAACAGUUGAUUUAGUAUUUACCACAUCAUGACUGUUGUAUCUAUUGUUACCACAUAGAGUUGAAAUCUUUGAAUUGAAUAUUUACUGUUACUGUCAAUCAACCAGAGUGGUCAGUGUUUCAGUUUUAUCUGUUGUUGUAACUUUGCAGUUUGAGAAGAAAUAAUGAAGGCAUUUUGGAAA